CAUUUAUUUUCAAUGGGCAUAUAUGGGUAGCAACUAUGGGUAAUGCCUAUGGAUGAUAGCGUUUGUCAGGUCAUUGUUUCUGGAAAAGAUAGAAACCACCAUCACGCAUGAAUGCGUAAUCAUUAUUUCAUCAGCUAUUCUACUAGUUGUUAAACCUAGGCUAUAAGUAUUAAUUCAAUUACUAAGUGAAAUGUGCUUAAAAUGUUAGGAAGUAGCACGAGCAGUGAGGCUAAGGGCGAAGGUAAUACUAAAAUAGCCCGAAACUGAAAAAUCUUUAAGCUGCUUCGCACCAUAACUUGAGUUUGCGAUCUGCUCAAUAGAAUUCAGCCGAAAGCCUCAUUUGCUCCCGCAACAUACUUAAAGAUUUUUCACUCGAUGGAUAGCUGCCAAGUAUUAUCUAUUCGAACGGGAAGCUGCGUCAAUAGCUCGCGCCCCGAUUCCAUCGAACAAUCAUCACGGUCAAGCAGCCGGUAUUGUUCACCAGUAACAACAACAACACGUAGCAAUUAUAUUGCUCUCCGAUUAAAACAGAUUGAAGAAGAGCGCGCAAUACAGCGGCGCGAAUGGGAGAUGGAGAAAAGGUUUAUAGAACAGCAAAAGGAAGUAAUACGGGAACGGUACAGAUUGCUAGAGAUGCAAUAUUCCGAAAGGAGAAAAUCAAACAAACAUAUUCGAGACGUCGUUAGUUCUACAACCACUGUGGUGCAAGUGAAGCAUGAAGAUGAAAACCAUUCGCUCAACCGACAAGGAGCUCUGCAUGAUUCAUGUAUUCGUGGUAGUAUUUUAAAGAAUUCGAGAGUUGGUAAACAACAGCUCAACAGCGAUGGGACUCAGCAGCGAAUCAUCGGCGCGAUCCCUGAAACGCUUUUGGAUAAACAAAUCGGUAUAGCCGAAGGCAAUGUGAAAUCAGUUGUAAAAAGCACCAUUACUACACAUACCCUCGUCUCGUCAUCAAGUAGUAUUUAUCCAAAACAGAUUGACACUCUGCAGCCUAGUAGUGGUAUUUACACUGUGCGGCUGCACAAUGUAGCAAUCACUAAUUCGCCUUCUCCCUAUGAGAAUCAUCUAUCAUUUCUCAUGAGUCAGCUUGUGGAACAAACUCACGUUUCGCUCACAGCCUCUAUUUCGUUAGGCUUGUUAGCAACUAAAACACAUUCAGUACAAACGGCCAAAGUGAACUACUCCAAGAAAUACGUUUUGUCAUGUACACCCCCCAAAUUAGUGGCACCUAGUUUGCCCGCUCCAGCACCUCCUCCUUCGACAUCAUCAUCAAAACAAAUAGUGCUUUGUGGCUCACUAAUAUUAGUCAGAGAUCGCACGGGAUACUCAGCAAGUAUCCAAACUUCAGAAAAAAUGAAAAACGUGCGGGUUUGCGAGAGAACGGCAGCGAAAAGGUAUGCGAAACUACUACGAAGCUUUAUUUACAAAAUAUCCAUACGUAUGCGUGGUUGUGAUUCGCUAUUGAAGUUGAUAUCAAGCAUUAACAGUAAGCUGCAAAAUCUCUCUCGACUAGUGCCAGACCAUUGGGAUCACUUGUGGACUGCAGUAAUGAGGAAAUACUGGAAGCUCGAAAUAAUGCACAACACUGAGGAGCAUAUGCAUGUUCAGAAAUCAACGGAUGCUUACUCGAGCACGGAAUCAGUUAAGCGAAUAUGGCUUGAUAUUAAGAGCAAAUCAAGCGCAGCAGCAUCAGCCUACAUAUUAGAUCGACGAACAUACAUUGAAGGGGCUGAUACAUCUAACGUAAGCAGUGAUCAACAAUCUCAUUUCUAUGGAUACUCCAUGCCAGUGCAAAUUUUGAUAAAAAGGAAAUCUCAGACAUUGGUCGACCACGAAGUAUGCUACCUGUUUAUGGACACGCAGAUUUACCGAACUAGAGAGAAGCGUUUUACAUCAAAUUCCAUGGGAAAACCAUUCCAGAACGAACCAGAUCGGAUGAAAAAUCAUAUUUCUCGGGAGACGAAAACUCGCAACGGUUCCCAAAAAGGCACACGACGUCGAAGUGAUGGGAAUUUUCUGGUAAAAGGGCCGGGAUAUUCUCUAAUUUUGGAAAUCAAAAUGUUAUGCCGUCGAUUAAUGACGGGACACAAAUGCGAGAACGUUACGUACAUUGUAUUUCGUUCGAAGGUGGCACAGCACGUUAAGGAUAGGAUGGAUGUCGGUAUCUAUUACAUACAUUGGAAAGGCAGACAGUUCUACCUAUGGGGAAGAAUGAUCACUUACAGGCUGGUGGAGUACUAUGAUUCAAAUCUAUCAAUUAAAAAGCAGUAGGCACAAAGUAGAUCUGGUGAAUUAAGUUAAUUUCAUAACGAGGGACAAUAAGGUUUCAUUUCAAAAUGUUCAUUUUAUUAUAAAGCGUUUGAUUGGGGUUUUCUGUUAAGUAGAAGUGAAGAUAGUAGUGAAUUAUUAGUAGUUGAAGAUUGUUUGCUAAGAACAUUGGAUAUUUGCUGGCUGUAUACAAAGUUAAAAGUAAAACUGGACCGGUAGCCAGUGUUACGGGGGGGAGUAUGUUGCCGCCAGAAAUCCAUAAGCUGCAUUGCGACUGACCAUUUAUUUUCAAUGGGCAUAUAUGGGUAGCAACUAUGGGUAAUGCCUAUGGAUGAUAGCGUUUGUCAGGUCAUUGUUUCUGGAAAAGAUAGAAACCACCAUCACGCAUGAAUGCGUAAUCAUUAUUUCAUCAGCUAUUCUACUAGUUGUUAAACCUAGGCUAUAAGUAUUAAUUCAAUUACUAAGUGAAAUGUGCUUAAAGUAAGUUGUUUCUUAAUCUAAUUGCAAAUUGCAUACACAUCUAACUUAUAAAUUACACAGAUGCUAGGAAGUAGCACGAGCAGUGAGGCUAAGGGCGAACGUAAUACUAAAAUAGCCCGAAACUGAAAAAUGUGAGUAUUUUUAUAAGAAACCUAAUGUGAACUAAUUUAAAUAUAUUACAGCUUUAAGCUGCUUCGCA